AAGAUGGCGACGGCGAAAUGUUGAUUCGUCUAUUAGGCCUACCAGGAACUACACAGCCGAUCACGUCAACAGCUACAAAGCAAUGUCCUAAUAUAAUUCUAAGAUGGCCGAAGCAUCCCCAACACUAGAAUACAAGUGUUUGUUGUGCAUGAAGCCGUACAACCAGCCGAGGGAGCUACCGUGUAACCACACUUUCUGUUGUUCCUGUUUGACGUCAUAUAUCGAUAAAGAACACAGGACUGCAGAUGAGGACCGUCACUACUUUCCAUGUCCAGUCUGUGACAAACCAACUAGCCUACGUGACGUCAACACAGAUGUAGACACCUGGGGGACCUCGUUUCCCAUAAACAAUAUGUUCAUCAACCCAACAGUAAAGACGUCGGAUGACGAGAACUGUGACGCUUGUCGAGAGGAAGGAGAAUCGAAUCCUGCCGUUGUCUGGUGCACUGACUGCGCUAAAUUACUCUGUAAACAAUGUAGAAGCUUUCACAAACGAAUCAAGGUGUCACCAAAACACCAACUGGUUCCCAGCAAGGAUGGGGGAUAUCGUAACACAACCAUUAACGAAAACUGUCCAAACCACGAAGAACGAGAAUUGGAUGUUUACUGUCUUGAUCACAGCUCCAUGUGUUGUUGUAUAUGUGUGUCCGUUUCACACAAAAAUUGUAAUCGCAUUAAACCAAUAGAUGAUGUGAUUAAGACAACCUUUACUGGGCAACCUUCACUCGAGACAGCAUGGAAAAUUAUCAAAGACGAGGCAACGACGAUGUUAGAGGACGAUGAGUCUGAGAUGACCUUAUUGAACUCAAAAGAAAAGGAAGUAACAGUGGAGGUGGCGCGAAUGAUACAGCAAGCCAAAGACAAGCUUGAUGGUCUCAACAUAACGUUUAAAUCGGAACUCGCGGAUAAAUGCAACGCACUCAGAAAACAGGUUUCGGAUCGCAUGAAUUGUGUAAAGAAAUUCCGCACAAAUUCAGAAAAUUCCAAUAUUUUGAUGAAUCGUAUUGACAAGCAGGGUACAGAUCGUCAGCGAUUCAUCACGAGAGAGAAAACGAAACAUCAGAUGUCGGAACAUUAUCGCCACAUGGAUCAAAACACGGAGAAGCAGCCUAACACAUUUGACCUGAAACUCAAUAUAGGAACUGUUAUUGACGACAUCAUGAAAUUGACAUCCAUUGCGAAAGUUGACGUGACAUCGAAAAUAUCAUCGACCUCACAGAAUGCGGAUUCACGUAUCGGUACCUUGCUAGCUACUCUGAUGGCAACACCUUCAGCUACAACAUUUGCCGACUCUACUUCAGCGUCCGACCUCGUCGGAUCUCCAACGCGAGGACCAGCAACAGUGGAUGUGUGGACUUGUUCCUUCUCGUGCGCACUCUCGGUCGGUAGUCGUGCACUGGCAGGAGAAGUAACGCCCUGUUUGACAGGAGGAAUAUUUACUGACAGUGGUGAAUUACUUGUCACAGAUUUCAAUAACCGCAGGCUUGUGUUGUUUGAUGUCAAUUAUUGCUACAAGAGCGAAUACAAAGUUGAUCAAAUGCCAGCUGACAUAACGCGUGGACUUAAUACUGAUGAGAUACUUGUCGGUAUACGCGAGGGAUUUAUGAGGUUUACACUACGAAACGGUAAACUGACCGUAAUCGAAACAAUCAGCUGUAUAGGCGUCGUCUAUGGAAUAACAGUUCUCGGAGAUAACAUCCUGGUUAGUACUGCUGAUAGUGUGGAAGUAAUGUCAUCGGAUGGAAAAGUUAAAAAGUCAAUACAGAUGAAGAAAAGUGGAUACUGGACACCUAUCGCCGUAUCUACAUAUACGUUAAAGUGUUACUACCUAGAUGGUGAUGACAUCGUGUGUAGACGACGAGACAACGACGUAGAAGACUACAGAUACAGUGACCCUGGUCUGAGGGAUCCUAUUGGUAUCGGACUGGACCGUGAUAACAAUGUAUAUGUGUGUGGACUUGACUCCGGCAAUGUUUACAUUGUUUCACCUGACGGGUCACGGGGGAAGGCACUAGUUCCCAGUCUCUCUAGUAUCACCAAUCCAUACGGGAUAAUUGUCCAUCCCACCAAACAAGAGUUUAUAGUCACAUCCUACGGGGACACUACUUCACUUGAGGUGUACAGAUACUUUGGCAAUACCUAGGUUAUUCAAUGAGUUAAUGUUGUUUUUCUAAGUGAUACUCGUUGGUUUUAAUAAGGUCAAUCCUGUUAAAACACAUCGAACAUUUUGUUUCUAGAUCGUUUUUCCUACUUUCAGACCAUGCAUGCUAUUAGAAAGGAAAUUAUAUUAACUAAAAUGUAGAUUAUGUCUAUUACCUAUAUUCCAGAUGGUCACAUGAUUUAAACCAUGAAUAUCCUUUUUGUCAAUGGUUUUCAUUUCCUUCAUUAUCUCUUGUUUUGAAUUAAAACAAAAUGUUAUGACUUGUUUACAUCAUAGUACUAAAUAUAUCUGAAAUUUAACGCACCAUUGAGUUUGUCUGCGAUACAUAUGGCAGUUAUACCAAUAGGUCUGGCACAUCUUUGCAGUUCAUUGUUUAAAUGUCAAUCGCUUUUGUAACCAAAUUGAAUACUACACAAUGACAGAUCAAAAUAACAAGUUUAAUUAUAUACCUACAUUGUAUGUCAUCCAGGGCUAAAAUUCUUUUGUUGAUUAAUUAAGAUGCGUUUAAUCUAGCGAAACCACUAAGUACCGCAAACAUAUCUUAACAAUAUAUAUCUGUGGAAACAUUGGCCAUAAGACCUUGAUUAUUAAUUUUGUUUAUGUAACUGCCAUAUGUGUCGCAGACCAACUGACAUGUGCACUAAGUUUGUCAGUGUUUUUAAUAUAUAAAACAAUGCAAUUAACAUUGAUGUUCCCCUAUAAUUCAAAAGUCUCCGUUGUAAUCGACGAGGCCUGGUCAAUGCCUAGAAAAGAAGUAGAGGAACAGCUUAAGUCACGCGCUGUUUCUCGCACAGAAUCAAAAUACAAAACAAAAAAAUCUGAUUUGAAAUCAUAUUUGAAAUGAAUGUUAUGAUCAGAUGUUAAAGAACUAUGAUAUAAAGCUAGAAUGACCUUAUCAUCUUGUAUCGAAAAUUGUGACAAGACAAAUAACUGGUAAUGCGAAUAUUAUCAUGUUGACAUCAAUUUUAUAUGAAAUGAACGCUUAUACAGUCCAACGUUUUAACAGCAAUUGUUUUAGAUAAUGAUGGAAGUUAAAAUAUCUGCAGCCAUUCUUUAAAUCUUUCAAAAUUCACAAUUAACAGGUGUCACUACGUAAAUACACAUUUUGUACUUGAAUUAUUAUGGUGGUUUAUAAGCUGUUUGAAAAGUGUUAAGUUGAACAAUUUCAAAAAGAGGCUCCUGCUAUAGACAGUUGCUUAUAAAGUUCUAUAUAACUUAGUAGAGUCAAUAAAGGGGAGGUGCAUGUGUAUCAGAGCCCUUACUUGACACACCAGUCUUUGGCUAGUCAAUAUCUUGUAAGUGCUAACAGAAAUAUAGAAAGACAACAUUAAGUAACAUUGUAAUUCUUACUUUAUUUACAUGUUAUAUUUUUAUUCGGAAGUUGUAUAUAAAUCUUCAAUACUUGUAUUGAAGAUUUAUAUACAACUUCCGAAAUAAUUGAACGAACUCCCAAAAUGUACAUGAUUAUUAUAAACCACACGUUAUAUUAAUUGAAUACAAAUAUAUAGAUUGUUAACCCAUAUACAACGUACAUAUGAUAUGACAAGAAUAUAAUCUACAUAAUUGGUCUUAAUAAAUUACAAUAAAGGUAAAACACAAAUGUAUAAACUAUGAAACUGUUUUCAAUGUCAAUUACGGUAACGGUUCUAUUUUACAAGUUCCGAUCUAUAUAAGUAAAACAAUAACAGUAUACCUGCGUUAAAUUGCCACCUCGUGAACCGCCAACUUAACUGUGUCUCCUUUGCUUUAUCGUCAAUCCAUUUAAUAACACCAACAUUUGGAUGGACAAAUGGUGGCAUUAUAACGAGGUUUUGUUAUGAAUGGAUAUUUGAUUAUAUUGCAUAUUUUUAUUGUUGUUAUUGAGAUUCCCAAUCAGAUGUGUAAAAGUAUUAUUGUUACUGAAAUAUAUAUAUAUAUAUAUUGAAAAUAUAUAUUGGCCAAACAAAUUAGGUCAUGCUCACAAAGCUGUUGGAAUAUUUUUCUCUCCCACGCUUCACGUAUUCAUAGGGAAAGAUAAUCCUGCCUUUCCCUACCAAGGGACAACGUCACUAUCGCGGCAUCCCUUUCAGCAGUACUAACAUCACACAAGAGUGAUAUAUGUUAUUAGUCUACACGGUGUCUGGUGAACUUGCUGGUCAUCAAGCACUUUCCAGAUAAAUAUUUAGAAUUUGGUCAUAUGAAAACAUAGGGCCUUAAGACAUUUUAUCCAAACUUUUCUCGCAGUACCCGUUCAACAAAAAUAUAUGAUUUCCUAGAGUUCAAUGGUUCUAUAGUUUGUGUAUUUUUGGUAUAUUAUUAUAUGUUUAUGAACACGAAUGUACUAAGUAUAAAAUGAAAUGAAGUUCUUGUUCAAAAACUAAUGUUUAGUCUUUCAAAUAAUUUAUAUUGUAUACUUAUUUUAAAAAAUCAAGCAAACGAUUAAGCCGACAUUUCGACUUACCGAGAAAUUUAGCGCAUUGUUUGAAGUAUUAACAAUUUCAUAUUGUGUUUUUUAACCUCUAUAUGGUGCAUAGAUGGAAAAACGUUCAUGCACAAAAAAUAAAUAAAAAAAUACCGGUAGGUCAUGGGGUAAUCGAGACGGUUGGGAUUUGUUGCGCUACAUUUCAAAUCGAUCAAUCAAACUAUCCUUUAUACACCGUAUAUGGCCGGAUCAGUGAGGUUUCACUUUAGUUCUCUUGUAUUAAGCACGUAAUAUAUUGAACAUAAACUAUUCAAACUACAUUUUUAAAGAUUCAGCAAAUGUAAAAAAACACCAUGCUUACCUGUCAGCUGCCAAACAUUUUUGCUUUAGAUAUAUAGGUUUGUAAACACACAUAGUGAUAGAAGUAGUAUACCCACUUGAACCCUAUAUGAAACUUAAUUUAAAUGGUUUGUUACAAAUAUGCAAUAUAAAUGUAACAAGCUAUUAACAUUAAUUCCAAUGUGCUGCUAAUUCAUAGCUAUAAAUGCAAGAUAAAAUUUACAUCAUAAAAUUAAAGUACAUACAUUUUUUAUAUUUCUACCUUGUCGUCUUGAAACUUACACGAAACUUGCAUUUUCUGUUAUAUGUAAACACGAGCUAUUGAUACUUUUAAUUUACUAAUUACUAAUAACAAUAACUUCAAGGUAAGAUAUGCUUAUCAAAAAAUAUCUAUAACAUAAAUAAUUUACACACGUUCCUAUAUUUCUGUCAGGUCAUACAUACAUUUAUGACUUCUUUAUGUUGAGGUAAAAUGUAUAUUGCUCUAAGAUAGCUUGUACUGAUAAGUGUCUAACUUACUUUGGUUUAACUAAUUUUGAAAAUUAUUUUGACUUAUCAGUACACCGAGUACAAUGGGGAAAACGUUUUUUUUUAACUAUUUUAAAAGUUUGUUCUGUCGUCUCUUUAGAGGAAUUUGAAGAAAUCAUGUUUGUGUACCUCAAUUAUUUAUAUAUUUUACGACAACUGUCGCUAGUUUUUAUGCGGACAAUUAUUUGACGAGAUUUACGGGGCCAUUCCGACUUGGCUGCCUUAAUCUUCCGACACGGUGGUAUCUCACGAUGUCAUCGCGAGUGAUUGGAAUGUCGGCUUUCUCACAAGUAUCGAGUAUGAGAGUCGUUGAAUCCUCAUGUUGCUCCCCAUGUUCUCGUUCUCUAGAAGUUCUAAUUUAAGUUGAAUGGGCGCCACCUCCUCCUUAAUCAUAUCGCAAAGUUUAGCCUCAGUUUUACCAAAUACACGAUCGGCUGUCUUUUCGAUUUGUUCGUCGACAAUGUCACAGAUGUGGGUCUAUUAGCUAUAAGUCUGUGGCAUGGCAUGGCACUGACCAGAGUUGUAAACAAAGUGGGGAUCCAUUCCAACUUGCGACACAGGUACACUUUGUAUUCCCUCACCAAAAUAUACAGUACACAGUUCGGGAGGUUCUGGUGACUCAAGAACGUAAUUGUAUACGGAGUUUUUUUUUACAAGCGGGCAAAUCUGAUGAUGAUGAAGAGGAACUCCUAUCGCUUCUUGAUCUUUUAUCAUUGUCAGUAUAUAUACUGGACAUAUUAACCAAGGUACAUGUGUAACCACGACAUACGUACAGGUUCAGAUAUAGUCAGCGAUAUGCGUGCAGCGUGAGUUCAGUAUAGUUCAUUAUAGUUCAUUCAGUUGUGAAGUAAUGGGCACAUAUUACAUACAAAUACAGCUAUUCAAACUAGCUUCAAAUGUCAUUUUACCUUCCAAAA